AUGGAUGUCAAAAUGGCGACGUCCAGAGGCGAUGACACGUCUGCUACACCAAUGGAUUCCAUUGAAAACCUAACAGAUGUUGAUGAUAUUCAGAAAGCAUUAGAUGAUCUGUGUACAAAAGAGUUUGUAAUAGAUGAAGAGCUCAAGGACUUGCUAGACCACCAGAACAUGCUGGAAACCAAGAUGUCUGGGCUGCAUAAAGCUCUACCGAACCUACAGAUCCUAAAAACAGAUUCUCGUCAGCUGAGUAGUAUGAUUUCGUUCACAUCAACGCUGGCUGAGAACGUCAGCAGCAAAGUGCGGAAACUGGACGUAGCCAAGAGUCGUGUCACAGAGUGUAUUCAGAGAGUAGAGGAUAUUCUUGAUCUCAAGUUCAGUACGGAUGGAGUUCAAACAGCGCUACAGAAUGAAGACUACGAACAGGCAGCCGCUCACAUUCAUCGUUACAGAAACCUGGAUGAGCAUGUCAUCCGCAUGAGUGCAGAUGCUGAUGAAGGUAGUACACUGGACACGUCAUUUCGGUUACUGCAUGAAGCGGAAGAGAAGCUCAAGUCGAUUGUGACGACUAAGUUUGAUGCGGCUGUGCAUGCCGCGGAUGUCGCAUCUGUCGAGAGAUUCUUCAAAAUUUUCCCGCUUCUUGGUCAACACGACGAGGGGCUGACGAAAUUCGGAAAAUAUCUCUCUGCUCAGUUAUCCGAAACGGCUGACAAAAACUUGAAGUUAGCUCUGAAUUCUGACCCGGAUGACAAGAGAGCCAAUGUUUUAUUUGCUGACACUAUCACCCUGCUGUUUGAGGGCAUCGCUCGAGUGGUGGAGAUACACCAGCCACUCGUAGAAACAUAUUAUGGUCCCGGUAAAUUAAUAAUCAUCAUGAGGUUACUACAAAAAGAAUGUGACAGACAGUCAAGGAAGAUCAUCGAACAUUUCAAGAGACAGAGAGAGUAUGACAGAAUGAGUCAGCGAGUCCAUCAGAGUCUGAUGAUUUUAAAACAGACGUCAGCUGACAAGUUGGAUCCGAGAGAAUUGGACGUACUACUUUCUGAAGUGGUUUUAAUAAACGCAAGAUCAGAAUUGUAUUUCAGAUUUUUUCGCAGACGCAGUGUGUCCGAUCUUGAAAUUGGCCAGCAAGAUGCUAACAAAUUAGCAGAGGAAACAACCAAUAUUGAAGAAUUUUUGAACAAUUGUGAUUUAAGUCGACUCAUGCAAGAGUUGGUUGGUAGCUACAUUAUGAUGGAGGAAUAUUUCAUGAGAGAGAUGGUGCUUAAGGCUGUGCAUGUAGACAGUGUGGAGGAGGGAUCUCAGACGUCUAGCAUGGUGGACGACGCGUUCUUCAUCGUCAAGAAAAGUGUCAGGCGUGCAAUAUCCAGUUCAAGUGUUGAUGGAGUCUGUGCUAUGUUGAAUCAUGUAUCUUCAAUUCUCGAGCAAGAUUUUCGGGAAGUUCUCUUUGCCAAGCUUCGGUCCGGUUUUCCAUCUGGUUUUGAUCUCCAGCAUGCUUACAACUUGGUACAGUCGAGUUUCCAGCAUGGAAAACUGCAAAGUUCUGAUACAGAGAAAGAAAAAGCACAAAACUCAUUUUUGGUGGCUUUGAACAAUGCUGAUACCAGCUGCGACUACUGCAAGGCACUGAAAAUGAACUUGGAGAUGGAACUAACCAAACUUCAUCCGCAGUGCACUGAACAAGCCAAAGCUAAGCUGGAGAGUUGUCUCACUGAUCUGGGUGCGGUGUCAGUGAAGUUUAAGGAGGUGGUGGAGUUCGGAUUCUCUCAGCUGUCAAGCAGCGUGGUGAAACCUCGCAUACGGCCGCUCAUUGACACAUUCCUAGCAACCAACCACAACCUAACAGAGGAGGAUUUUUCGAAUUUUGAGGCUAAUGACCCCUGGGUCCAGAAUUUCAUAGUGAAUCUCGAUACAAUGUUUACUUCAUUCAAGGACUCCUUAACCCCUUCUAACUACGACAACUUUGUGACGGUCAUGACUAGUGAGAUUGCGGUACAGCUUGAAAAAGCCAUUACAAAGUCGGCCUUCAACAGACUCGGAGGACUGCAGUUUGACAAAGAGUUACGAUCUCUUGUUGGUUAUCUGAGUUCCGUCACAACGUGGACUAUACGAGACAAGUUUGCUAGAGUUACACAAAUGGCGACAGUACUCAACUUAGAAAAGGUCUCUGAAAUCCUCGAUUACUGGGGCCAAAAUUCCGGACCCCUCACGUGGAGACUGACUCCUACAGAAGUUAGACAGAUACUAGCUCUCAGAGUAGAUUUUCGAAGUGAAGAUAUCAAGAGGUUAAAAUUGUGAUGCCAGUCUUUCAUUAAGAACUGUUUGUGUCAUUUUCAUCAUUAUGAUGUCCUCUUAAAUAUCAUGAUAUCCUCUUAACCAUUAUGUCAUCUUAACCAUUAUGAUGUCAUCUUAAUGAUUAUGAUGUCAUCUUAACCCAUAUGAUGUCAUUCUUAAUAUUACUAUGUCAUCCUGACUGUUAGGAUAUUCUUUUCACCAUUAUGAUGUUAACUUAACUAUUAUGGUGUCAUCUUUAAUAUUAUUGUGUCAUCUUGACAGUUAGUUACCAUCUUUACAAUUACGAUGUCAUCUUAACCAUUAUGAUGUCAUCUGUAAUAUUGUGGUGUCAUCUUAACAAUUGUGAUGUCAUCUUUAACAACUGUGAUGUCAUCUUAACAAUUGUGAUGUCAUCUUAACCAUGGUGAUAUCAUCUUUAAUAUUAUGAUGUCAUCUUGAUUGUUACAAUAUUCUUUUCACCAUUAUGAUGUUAUCUUAACUAUUAUGAUAUCAUCUUUAAUAUUGUUGUGUCAUCUUGAUUGUGAUGAUGUCAUCUUCACCAUUAUGAUGUCAUCUUAAUCAUUAUUAUGUCACAUGAUUCCACCAAAGUCUUUCAGACAAACCUCAUAAUUCCACUAUUUGAAUAUGGCAGCUGCUGAAUUUGUUCUUUGCAUAUUUGAUCUGACAUAAACAAGACUAACCCUUUGUUCUUGAAUAUUGCCCUUUCAUGUGUCAUAACAUUGAGUAUUACUUUGUUAUGAAUGUUGGUGGAAAACAAUUGAGGUAGGGAAGAAAAUACUACUACUACAUGUAUAAGUCUAUAGAACUCUUGGAUAUUCUAAAACUGGCUGCACAUCAGGUUUAUGGGAAAGCGAUUUUAAGUUGGGGGGGUUGUGAACUAUCUAGGUGAGUCAAAAUAUUUAUCUUCAGAUGCCCACAGCACAAUUUUCUAGCAUCUGGAACACAAAAUAUGUUCUUGAAUUGUGUGUGAGGGCAGGACACCAUACUGGGGAUUCAAACCAUGGACCUUCUGCAUGAGAGUAUUCUACCAACUAAGCCAGUGUUUCAAAGACAUUUUUGGGUAUGGCGCUAUGAAAAUGAAUAUUUACAAUUUGUGUGCUGAAUGCAACUAUACUUGAUAGGGGGUAUGGGGGAGCCUCCCCCAGAAAGAAAAUGGUUUUGGUUAAGAAAAUCAUACAGUAAUGAUAAAGAAUCAUUAAUUUGGUCAAAAGGUCAACUUAAAAAAAUAAAAUCUACAAAAAAAAAAUGUGGGUAUGGCGCCAUACCCAUUUAACCCUCUGGCCGAAACCCUGUUCAAGCUAAUAGGGGAAUUCUCACUAGCUGCUGCCAGUAAGAGCAUUGUAUACCAACACCACUACAUUGACAGGCUCCUAGGAAUAACAUCUGCAUAAUCUCAAAUUUAAAUUAAAAUCUAUCAUGAUUCAUUGCAUGUUAAUAUUUUUUUUAUUCAUAGUAUUCUCUAACUUUAAAGCUUAAAAGAACAUAUUUUAUGAUAUAUGCUAAACACAUAUGUAAUACGAUAAACAGAAUUUAUAUAAUUGUAAGAUCUUACUUUAAAAGGUGUGUUAAUAAGAUGUAACUUACUUGACUUAUGUAUUGUUUUGUUUGUUGUAAUUUGUUAAGAAUGACAAAGUUACUGCAUCUAACUGAAUAUAUUGAUGGAUUCUGCUAAUAUUCAUAAAUGUAUCAUUAUGACUGAUAAGUAAACAGAUUACUUAUUGUAUGAUUUGAUAUUCAAAUCAAAUUACAUGUAGAAUAGAAUAGAUGUUUAAUGACACCCCAGCAUGAAAAUACAUGUAAGUAGUAAUGUGAUUUAAAAACAAAUGUGUUUUUUUGUUUUCAAAAAUUUCUAUAGAUAAUGAGUUGGGCUUUUAAUGUAAAACUAUCAUGACUAUGUUUAAUUUGAACAACAAAACUAAUACAUGAUUAGUGCUGUAUCUCUGCACUGUGCAGAUUCAAAUGGACAUUUGGUAAAACUGGAUGAUUCCAUGAAUAUCUAUCUAGUGCCUCUUCUGUAGGAGGACAGCCACUUCCAAGGAGAUACUUUACUGGAGAUUUCAUCCCUCUUGCACUUGGAAGAAACACAUAUCUUUAAUCACAUAAAAAAAAAAAAUAUAUAUAUAUAUAUAUAUACUUGUUGCUUUAAAUGUCCUGUGGAAAUAGAUGAAUGCAUGCUGAUUGAUGAAUGAAUGGGCUGUUGAAUAGAUGAAUGAAUUAAGUGGCAAGGAAGCCAAGGAUCAAAUGAAAUACAGACCUACUCAACCUUCUUACAUUUAGUCUUUGCUACAACUGAUAAUAUCUGUUAUAAAUAGUUAUAAUCCAUAUGCUUGAUAAUUAGAGGAGUGCUGAAACACACUUGUGUUGUGUGUUUAGUGCAGGUCCCCUCUCCAUGCCUAGUUUUACUGAUGACUUUAAUUUAUAAGAGUAUGGUAGUGAGGUGGCUCUUAAAACUGUUGGCAGCUUGAGAAGAUGUUUAGCACUGGUAAUAUGCUGCAUUACACUCAAACUCUGGGUUUAAUUUCUUUCAUGUUACAGGUACUUGUAGGUUAAUGCUGUACAUUUCCUCUGCUAUAGCUUUUUUUUCUUCUCUUUUUUUUUUGUAGUUUUUUAAAAAUCUGUCUUUGCCAUUUACAACUUUCAUUUCAAAAAUGGAGUCAUGAUGUUCCUGAAAAAAAAAAUUACAAAAAAAUUAAUCAUGAUUUAAUUAUUUAUAUUUUUAAAAAUAAUAAUAUAAAUAAUAAUUUAAAAAAAAAACCCCACACAUGAAAAAAACAAAUCCAAACGAAAAAAACAAAUUAAAAAAAGAAAGAAAAACACUCAAAGGAAAAGAAAUCCUGUGACUAGAAAUAUUUUACAUUUAUGCAACCCCAGCAAUUAUGAAAGUAUCCACGACAAAAAAACCCCAACAACAUGCCAUUGAAAAAACCCUGAAUAUAGUCCAAGGCAAAAAAGUGCGUUGAGAAUUAAAAACUCCACGGCAAACUCCACGGCAUUGCCGAUUGCCGUGGGCAGUUGCAGGAGUUGUGUAGGGUACCCUUGUAUAUCAAUUCCAUUAAAUGUUUUUUUUAAAGGGAUGUCUCAAAAGGUUUUAUUUCAUUUAGUGCUAGCAUAAGGUUGCUAUUACUGAAAUACAAGCUUUUAUUCAUGUAUACAGAUUGUAGAUUAAGAUAUGUGCAUUCAUUAAAAUAUGCAAUAAUUAAGGUCAUGUACAUGUACAUUUAUUAUUUAUUUCCAACAUAGCUCAUGUUUGUAAAUAGCUGUUCAUAUCAAUGUUUUCUUAUUGGUCCAGUGUACAUAAGUUGUGUAAAAUUACGCACCCGUGGCUGCAUAUAUGGUAUUUUUAAAACUGUGAUAUUUCCCUUGUAUGUUGGUUAAAUACAUAAAUAAAUAUGUAUUAUAUGCAAAAUAUGAUUGCAUAAGUGGAAAAUAAAUAAAUCUGUGGGUAAUAAAUUGUUUUUACUAUAAA